AUGUCUGUCGAAACCACCAACAACGGCGUCCUGGAGAAGGAUGUGGACACUGCCGCCCCCCACGCCGUCGGCAGCGACACCGGCGCCCCCGUCCAGCCGCAGAUGUCUGCAGAGGAGCAUGAGGUGGCGCGCGCCGCCGCCCGCUUCGGCUAUGGGCCCUUGGCCCAGGUCAACACCGCCGAGGCUCGCCUCCCUCCGUUCGGAGGUGAGUUCCAGCCCGGUCUGUACAAGCCCGUCGAGGGCCGCAAGUUCGCCAAUCCCGCACCCCUCGGCCUGUGCGCUUUCGCCCUCACCACGUUCGUGCUGAGCGCAAUCAACAUGGGCACCCGUGGUCUCACCGCGCCCAACAUCGUCGUCGGUCUUGCUUUCGGUUAUGGUGGUCUCGUCCAGCUGCUGGCGGGCAUGUGGGAAAUGGCUGUCGGAAACACCUUUGGUGCCACCGCGUUGUCCUCGUACGGUGGAUUCUGGAUCGCCUUCGCCAUUGUGCUGACUCCCGGCGGGUUCGAGAUUGUGUCGUCGCUCGAGGCCGACGGUGGCGCCGACUUCUUCUAUGACUCGAUGGGUCUGUUCCUGAUGGGCUGGUUCAUCUUCACCACCAUCCUUGUCUUCUGCACCCUGCGCUCGACCGUCGCCUUCUUCCUGCUGUUCUUCUUCCUGGAUCUCACCUUCCUGCUGCUCGGUAUUGCGUACCUGGUCCGCACCGACGGUGCCCCCACCGUCUCCAUCCAGAAGGCGGGUGGCUUCUUCGGCUUCAUGGCGGCCUUCGCCGCCUGGUACAACGCCUUGGCUGGUCUGGCGGAUAACAGCAACAGCUUCUUCAUCAUUCCGGUGGCCCACUUCCCCUGGUCCCCCACUGGUCGCACUCGCCGUGGCAAGACCGACCGCGAGUUGGCGUAA